AUGCCGCUCCCAUUUGGGAAGCGCGUCGCUGCUGUCGCUGCCGCGGAUACUCCCGCCUCUUCUCAGGCUUGUGCUGCUUACGACCUCGAAUCAACACGCGUCUGCUUCGAAUACGGCAAAGACACCUGGGCCCGGCCGUCCACCACCGCUGGCGAUGCCGGUGCCAAGAUUACUCAGACUUCCGACGCCCAGGUCCAGGUUCUCACCAACGUUCCCGUCGUCGCCGGCGCUGGCAAGGCCAUCCCUGGUAUGGUUGCUACUGGUGCCGCCGUCGCCGUUUUUCUGUAA